AUGGUCCGAGAAACCAACCGAUACGCGCGGAAGAAAUUGGCAAAAGAACGAACGAGUCUUGACAAGUGGAAAGAUGUCACUGCUCAAGAACUUAAUGCUUACUUUGGUAUGUGCAUUAUAAUGGGCAUAAACAGCUUGCCAAGAAUUUCGAUGUAUUGGUCGUCCGAUUCAUUUAUUGGAAAUAGCGGCAUACAAAAUAUUAUGACCAAGAACAGAUUCGAGGAGAUUAGUCAGUUCCUUCAUUUUAACGAUUCUUCUCAAGAACCACCACGCGGUGACGAUAAUUAUGACCGCUUAUUCAAAGUGCGUCCGAUCAUCGAUAACAUUUUGGAGAAAAUUCAAAAUGUUUAUGAGCCGUCGAAAAACCUUUCGAUUGACGAGGGAAUGAUAGCAUUUAAAGGAAGGCUAUCAUUCCGCCAGUACAUGCCCGCUAAACCAACGAAAUAUGGCAUCAAAGUUUGGAUGGCGGCAGAUUCGAGCAAUGGCUACGUGUCGAAUUUUUCUGUUUACCUCGGACAAGAAGCAAACGGACAUCGCAUUCAUGGCCUUGGAUAUGACGUCGUGAUGAAAAUGGCGACUCCUUUCCUAAAUAAAAACAGGCACAUAUUUUUUGACAAUUUCUUUUCAAGUUCUUUUCUGUUUGAUUGUCUUCUUGCUCAGAACACCUACGCAUGUGGAACUGUUCGCUGCAACAGGAAGGACUUGCCGCCAUGUGCGAAACGAAAGCUUAAGCAAGGAGACAUUGUAACUGCACAGCGUGGCCCUCUAGUAUUCACUAAAUGGCAUGACAAGCGAGAUAUUUCUUUCUUGUCGACAAAUGUUUCUCACAGUGAACCCUCCCGACCAGUGCCGCGAAAGAAAAAAGGCAAUGUUAUCGAAAUUCAAAAGCCGCGAGUUGCCGAUGUUUACACCGCUUUCAUGGGAGGAGUUGAUCGCGCAGAUCAGCUUCGCUCAUUUUACUAUGCAGGCUGGCAAUCACGAAAGUGGUACAGAUAUAUUUUCUGGUUUUUAUUUAAUUUGUCUAUUUGUAAUGCCUAUGUCCUGUUUAACAUUCAUCGUGGAGGACGGCGUAAGAAACCAUUGAUAGAUUUCAGGCUGGCGCUUGCCAAACAACUCAUCGAUGGCUUUUCUCAAAGGAAGAGAAAGAGACGCUCCCUUGAUGCUGUAGACCAAACUGCC